AUGUAUUCUUCGACACCAGACCGACUGGGCCCACGGCAAGCCACCCACGCCUGCAAACUCCCGGCCAAGCGAGGAGCAUAUCUCACCGAGGGGUUCAGCUCGACAUCGACCUUCAUCAAAACCAUCGGGGUCACGAAGGCGGCCGUAAUCUUCAUCGACUUUCCAGAUACCCCUGCUACGGAUACCGUGCAGAGUCUCUAUGACAACCUGCUCCCGGGAGGUGCGCAAUUCUUUAACAUCUCCUCGUAUGGGCAAAUGCAACUGGAAGCGGUGUCGGACAUGAAGUUUCAUCGCAUGCCUCAGGCGAGCACAGGCUAUCGUUGGGAUCGGGAGACGUUCAGUGGGACUAGCCAGCUUCGAUAUAUCAAAGACGCAAUCGCCGCAGCCGGAGGUGGUACGCCCUAUACGGGGUGUGAAGUGCUGUAUAUCAUACCCACGCGGGCAGCGCGGUCCAUUGGGUUCUCGCCGACAUCGAUGGGGGCAGCCACACUGGGUGACGGGACUCAGGUGAAGAGCGUUGUGACAUUCGGACAGGACCAAUGGUCAUGGGGUUACGGAGUCCUGAACCAUGAGACCGGCCAUACGAUGGGCCUCCCCGAUCUAUAUCCGAUGGAUUCUGCCGGGCGUCCAACGGAAUAUUAUGUCGGUGGAUGGGACCUGAUGGGACUCAUUUCCGGCACUUCCCCUGAUUUCUUCGCCUGGCACAAAUGGAAACUUGGCUGGAUCGAGGAUGACCAAGUCGCGUGCAUAGGUACAAAGGGCACGUCGAGUUUCACAAUCAGCCCGAUUGAAAGAGCGGAGGGUAUUAAAGCGGUCGCCGUGCGAGUCAGCGAUACCAAAGCCAUUGUCAUGGAAGUAAGGUCGAAAGAGGGGUUGAGCACGGACUCCUGUACAGUAGGAUUGUUACUGUACUCCGUUGACACGGAGGCCGAGAGCGGUACAGGCCCUGUGCGUGUCCUCAACACGAAGCCGUCCUCAAGGGGUUGUUCCCCUUCGAAGGGUGGGGAGUUGACUAGCGCAGCGUACGACUUCGCAAAAGCUGAAACGAAGAUUGGAGUUGCGGCGAACGGCAUCAGUGUUCAGAUCACUGGUGUCCAGAACGGGGAAUAUCGAGUUUCGGUGACCUGGCAAUAG